GUCAUGGAGUUUGCCAACCGAUACCUUCGGAUGGAUGCACUGCUUUGCCUUCUUCACAUCUCUAUGGGCUGCCUUCUUCCGGAGGCGCCCGUGGAGCAGCUGGGACCUGCCAUGCGCAGCAACGCAGCACUCCUGGUCGCCUCCGGGCACUGACGCUGCCGAUGGCGAUUGGCCUGGUGCACCUUUUUGAGGCCGGGCUGCUCCUCAUGAAUGCCGCCGCCAUUCCGAAUGAGAAACGAUUCUUGCGGAAAUACGGCCUGGACUCCGCAGUCGUGGGGGAGAACCUGCAUGCGCGUGCGGGAAGGCGGAAAUACGGCCUGGACUCCGCGAACCUGGGGCCCAAGAACCAGGUAAUCAUCUACGAGAUGAUACCUGGGUAA